CGAAGUUCCUCCAUCUAAUCCAAUUUACAUACAUCCCGAGUCACCAAAUUUUGGGGCACACUGGAUGAAAGAAGCAAUUUCUUUCGCAAAGGUAAAACUCACGAAUAAAUCCAAUGGAAACGGUCAAAUAAUGCUUAACUCCCUUCACAAAUAUGAACCCAGAGUCCAUCUAGUCCGAGUUGGCACCGAGCCUAGAAGAGUCUUGACCUUCCCUUUUCCCGAGACACAGUUCAUCGCCGUAACUGCCUACCAAAAUGAAGAAGUAACGUCCCUGAAAAUCAAAUACAAUCCCUUCGCUAAAGCCUUUCUCGACGCAAAAGAAAGACCUGAUAACUUAUAUAGCCAGAGGGAAUUUUCAAGCAGUUAUGGACAGCAACAAAGUCAGUAUUCUCAAUAUGGUUCUUGGUUCCUUCCGCAUCAACCAAUGUACGCACCAGCAUCUCAAAUGUCUGCAUGCCAGUUUAGAUCAAGUCCAACAUUAAAAAGACAAAAAUCAGCACCAUACACAAUACAAAGGCAAAAAUCAGCAUCAGUGUCACCACCCUCGCAUGUAUACACUCCACCAGAUCACAUCCAGCAACAAUCAUUAUACAGCUCUACAGGACCAACAUACACAAGCUGGCCAACAAUGACAACAAUACAGACUCCUCCUGCAGCUGUAAAUUGUUGGUCUCUCUCCUCGAAUUCUCCUCCCCCGCACCAACUACCCAAUCAAACUACCCCUAACCAAUCACCUAGUCACCAAAUAUACCAACACUCCCCGAUAGCCAGUAUCACAAAUCUUUCUUAUUCUGGUUACUACGGGGAUGUGGCUUAUCAGAACCACGAUUAUAUUCCAGUGGUUAAUUCCGAUCUAACAUAUACUCAAAUAGGUUUAGAUAGAACAGCUUCGGUGGUGUACCAUUCUGAUGUGAAUAGUUCUGAAAAAGAAGAAUAUGAAGAAAGUACUCCUGUUAACAGCACCAACGAUGAACGACCUGGAUCUGCGCCAAGUACGCCCAGGCAGGAGUGGAUCUCCAUGACCCAUAUGCAAAAUUAGGUUUAAUUUGCGUUUUGUAUAUAUUCUAAAUAAAUUUUAA